CAUGGAGUCAAGUCUAUUGACAUUCCGAUGUUCUGAAUUGUUUUUAUUUUAGUGUAUAGUGCAGGUAUUAUUACUCAAGCACGGAUUCCAUUGAGGCGAAAGACACCUUUUGUUUUAAGUUCCGAAGGAGAAGUUAUAAUUUAGAGCAAUGUUCGAGUGGGCAUACGGUGGUGUGAAUCGCUCUAUACCACGCAAUGUCGGUCCGGAAUGCGCAAGUUAUUUAACACUGAAGCGACGGAUAAUAGAAACUUUGUUUAUAUCUGUAUUUAUCAUAUCCUGUAUCAUAUGGGGUCUCAAACGAAUAACUUUGCCAAAGAAACUACCUUACGUUGGUCAAGACCGUGUAGGCAGGAGAGUCUUGUUGAUUAUGAUGUCAUUGGUCCUGGGGAUGGAAAUUGGUUUUAAAUUCACCAGCAGAACUGUUAUAUAUCUAUUAAAUCCUUGUCAUAUUACAACAGCAUUACAGUUGUAUUUGCUGGCUGCGGAUCCUAGUCCAAUGGUCACUGCUAUCUUUAGGAUACAUUUGAAUCUGUUGAAUGGACCGGUAUUAGCAUAUCUAUUUCCAGAAACAGAGUCUCGCAUUAUAUUUGCAGACAAAGCAUUGUACUAUAUUCAGCAUGGUUUGAUGCUUAUAAUACCAUAUUAUUUAUUGAGGAUUGGAGGUGUAUAUAAUAUUGAGCCCUUAUCUGAUAUGAGCUGGUCAAUCCUCAGUUAUGGCCUUAAUGUAGGAUAUCACUUUUGGAUUGUUCAAAGUGUUGCCUUGCCUGUACAGGUGAAUCUUAGUCACAUGUUAUGUGCAGCUGUUUUGGAUCCAUUUGAAGGUCAAAAUUAUCGAUUAUGGGCAGUAACUCAUCAAUUAAUAUUAUGUCCCACUUUGUGCAAGCUGUUUUGUUAUAUAUCUAAUUUUUUAUUGACUAAGUUUCCACUGACUAGAGUUAAGCCAUCGCUGGAAUGCACUAUUCCAAAAAAAAAAUAUACAUAUGAACAGAAUGAGAAGUUAUGUGAAGAAUCUAACACCUCAGGAAAUGGCCAUACACAUUUUGAUUAAUAUGGAAGAGAAAAUUGUUUUAUCAGAGAUUAAAACAAUUUAUAAUUAUGUCUAUUAUAUUAUUUCCUAAAUAUGGUGUACAAGGAAACUAAAAGUGGGGGAUAGGAAAAAACGAAUUUCUGAUAGAUUUAAUUGUGUUACAGUUCAACAUAAACAAUAUAUUUUCAGU